GAGCUGUCCGCCCCCAGGAGCCGGCCAGGACUCCAACCAAAGCACUGGAUUUAGGAAUCUGGGAUAACCGGUAAAUAUGGCAACGCACGUAACUGUUGUUAUGCUCUAAAGAUUUCAGUAUGAGACAGGCACCUAGACAGCUCUUUCUGAGACAUAUGCAAGUUUGUUUUUAUAAAAUCGAUGUAAUUCUUUCAGCAUUUAAAGUAGUUCUUUGAAGUGAGCUCCCUGAACACAAGGUUCGUUUGUGAAGGACUGGCAGGUGUCUCAUUACACACGCACACACAGACACCGGGAGCUGCUUCCUUUCCCCAGCAUACCUGAUAUCUGUGCUCCAUGCAAGACCCCCCUUCAGCUUUCUCUGGCAAACUCCAGGAUGAUGCUGUCUGUGGAAACUGUUAAAAACAAAAACAUACGCACCUUUGUGAUGAUCUGGUUUGGAUAUUUUGUUUUGAAAGCUUUUUAAGGCCUGUUUUAGCAAAGGUCUCUGCCCAUGGGCACUCGAUAAAAUACAAUGCAAUAUGAAGGCUGGUGUUGCCCAUCUAACCUUGUCACCUGUUCAGUUACCAGUUUGUUGUAUUUCUCUUAAAUAUAUUACUGCAGAAGUAUGAUUUCACAGCCUGUGCCAGAUACAAAAUAACAGAUUCUGUGUGGCAUUUGGAAAGGAGACAGCUCCUCACACCAAAGCUGUGGUGGUGAGUGCUGCAACCCCAUUCCUCCCAGGAAUGCUCUUAAAAUCCUUCUGUUUCCUUCUCUGUUGCUUGACUUCCUCCUUCCUCUUUUCCAAGGCAGUUGCUGCUGUUCUCAUGGUGAUGAUACUUAGUGCUGUGUUUGCCUUCUGGCACAGCGUCUCCAAGAAGGUAGUUGUGUUCUGAAUCCGUGGGCAUCCACAAGCAGUAUCGCCUAAGCUGUGCUGUCUCGAGAAGAAUGGACCCCUGGGAACGUACAAAAGUUUGUCACAAGAGUUUGUUGCAUUGGGUGACACAAACUGGGAGCUCUCAUGAGGGUAGUUUAAUGAUGGGAUAAUAACAAGGAAAAGACACAUGAUAGGUAAUAAUAUAAAAGGCCUUUUGGCCAUAUUUUAUAAUGGCCCGCACACUUAGCUUGCUUUACCUGCUGAGUUUUCACAGAAAAUGCUUUAAGAGAAGGGAAUAAUGUAAUUUUUUCCCCAAGACUAAGACUUGUUAGGUAUCUGUGAUACAGUGAUGUAUCUAAAAGUCCCAUACCAAUAUUUUGUUUCCUGGCAUAAAAAAUCUCCAUAAUCACAGAAGAGAUACUUGUUAAGAUCAGGAUUUGAAAAACACAAAGAAUGAAGACCUCAAAAGGAUUCUUUUUUUCUUUAAUUGACAUCCAGAAAAUGUAGGAACAUCUCAAAAACAGCUUUAGCCACUUUCAAGUACCUGUGGGAAAGUAAAACAAGUUUCCUUGAGUCUGAGUUUUACAGAAAGCUUCUUCUUUCAUAUUGGAGACAGUGUUCCUCUGAGUGAUGGCACCAGAAAGAUGCAGAGGGCCAGCAAGGAAAUAUUGAACAUAUAAGAUAUGCAAGAUUGAUUUUAUUAACACUGUGCACAUAUCUUGGAGAGUGAAGGAGCCCCUAUAUCUUUGUUGUAAUAUCUCAUCCUAAUCACAGUGGCUCUGCUUUAGCUGUCUUUGUGGAGCAAACGGAGAAGGAAAACUGCUUCGACUUCAUCUAUCCCAAUCCUGGAAAAUGUGCUGGUGCACUUCCAAAAUAAAGUCCAACCAAGGGCCACCCGAGGGUAAGACCCUGUUCAAUUACAAAAUAAUCCUUAGGCUGGAACCCACAGAAGAAUGCAUAUUGCAUCUCCCACCAUGGCUAAAGGAACUCGAGACACUUGGUAAAGCUCAUUUCUGGGCCCAUAAGCAAAAAAAAAAAAAAAGUCAAACUCUAAGAUAAAACAAUUAGACAACGCCUCUCACCUGUUUUUGGCUAUGGAACACAUUAGUCUGGAAUGAAAGCAAUAACAUUUUUCCAAAUUCAAUGUCCAAACCAUCAGAUAACUGGAACUUCUGGGCUUCUUCCCUUGUGAGAUAGCAUGCUAGUUAAAUCUGAAAUGCCUGUAUUUUAUAUAGACCACCUUUAAAAUGCAAACAUGUAUAAAAAUGCUAUGAUGUACAAAACUCAAAACUCUAGACAGCUAUCCUUAUGCUAUGCAUCAAUUCCAGAAACACCUGGAAAUCCCUUGGAAAGUUUGAUGUAAUUACAUCUGACUGUAAAUAUUUGACUGUUUUAAUAUACUCAGGUGACCUAAAUAACAUUGCGCAGAAAAAAAUGAAUUUAAAGUAAUUAAGAAAGAGUAUUUGUCUCAAGAUCAGUUUUCUCUGCUCUGAAAAGUCCUGAAUGCCUUGUUCUACAGCCAUAAUCUUUGUAUUUCCACCUUGUAAAUACUCCGUGGUAAAUUGCAAUGGAAGCUCGGCUUGGCUCAAGUUCUCCUGGUUCUGUGGCACUGCUUCUUGGUUAAGGAAAUGGAUUUCAUUCUCACUUUCUGUCAUUCUAUGCUUUAAUUUACAGAUUUAUAUGUCCUCUGCUAGUUUAAUGGUGACUUUUCUUCAACAUGAAUUUCUGUCAUGCUCAAACAACAGAUAUACAGACACAAGGGAUAUGUCCUUUAAAAUGUCUCAGCCAAACACUCUUUCAAGAGGUGUAAAUGAAGAUGAUGGAAAAUCCUGUCAGCAAUUCAAAUGAGGUUUGCUUGAACUGAUUUGCUCCUUUCCUCUGGUGUUGUGCCAAGUUGUGUGAGCAUGGCCUGAAGCUGCCCUUCCUAGACUGGCUGGCAUUGACUCAUAUUAGCUGCCUUCAUGUGCUUUAGAUGGGAGUUCCUGUGCCUGGAGCCUGAUGGUGUUGCAGAUCCAAGUCACCAUGCUGCUGAUGUCCUGGGUACUGAAAGACACUCCUGAGGUAAGAUUCAUCUCAGGCUCAUGAGCCUAUGAGAACUUAACUGGUUGAUCCUUGAUCCACAAAAGGAUUCAAGACUGCUUAUGAAACAUUUAUGUCUUCUUUAUCUGUUGUAAACUGUGGCUUGCACAGAAUUGUUCCCUUUCCCAUUAGGAUGUCCCAGUAUCUAAGUGAAAGCCCUGGCAGUAGGUGCAUGGUCAUCUCACUUAGUCAAUGGUUAUUUCAUUCAGCUGCAAGUGAACUUUGUAGGUUUGCCUGGAGCUGAGCUGUUGAAAGAGGGCUGCCAAUAGCCAUUCCUCAUGGUGUGGAGCUAACUAUAGUAAGAAAUUAAGUCAAACAAUGCAAAAGUUUUUCAACCAAGAGGGUCAUUAAACCAUCUGUUACUUAUUAUUUGAUAUUCACAUGCAGUUCUUGGGAAAUUUCAGGAGAGAUCCUUGGCUAAGAGGCAUCAGAACGUUGGAAGUCAGGUUUUUCUCAUACUAAUUCAGUACAGAGUUUCAUCCUGCCUGAGAGCAAUUUCAAACAUGUGACACAUUUCUCAAGUUGCCUGUCUUAUCACUAGAGUGUAACAUGGUCUGUGAUAAAAGGUGACACAACUAUGAAAGUCAUUCUUGCUCAGUUGUCUAUAUCAGACUACAAGGGCUGGGGCUUUGAUGCCUAGCCAAGUAAUUGUCUGGGAAGGGGAAAUAAAUUCCAUUAACUCUCAUCUUUCUUACCCUUGUCUGUCAAGAAAAAUUCAGCUGCUUAUGGUUUUUAUCACUUAGCCACUCCUACUUUGCUAUAUUCCUUUUGUGGAAGUGUUAACAAAGCAGUUAAGAUGAUACCUAACUGUCUGGGGGAAAGAAAGGAGAGAGAGAAAUAGUCCAAGUGACAAAACAGCAUGUUUUUUAUUUAGGGUAGAGCACAUUCCAGAGACAAAAGCAGGGUGCCAGUCCCUUAAUAGAGUUGCAGCUCGUUUCAAGCAUUAUUUGAUUUAUCAGUGUGUGUACAGACACACAAACAUACAUAUUUUGCUACUGCAAAAUCCUUUCUCUUGAAUACUUGUCAUUUUGGCUUGACGGAAGUAAAAAUUGAUUCAUUCCCAGUUGCUUCUAUUUGGAAGGUCAGUUUCUUCAGGACUUUCAGUCCAUUUCCAGAGAGCGGAGGGUAACAACAUCUAGGUAAAAAAGAGAUUUAAUUUCUGUGUAUCUUUAAAAAAAAACCAAUAAAAUAAACUGAGAAAUCUCUGUAAUACUUACUAAUAUGGAAGAUUUAAAAAUUAUGAAUCUUGAAUUCUGCAAAGUUAAGUAAUUUAAUUACUUUCUGACAUCUGUGUAGUAUUUCUACCUGUUAGUGAGCCAGUCCACUGUGGGACAACAAAGAUAACAUUUCUAUAACACAAGGCAGCAAAAAUACCCAGCCAAGCACAGUACUUCAGAAUAUGAACCAUUGUAAGAGAAUAAAAAAGAAUAUAUUCUGGAAGAUAAGUUGAAGGAUAAUCCAUUAUUAGCAGUGCACUUUUCAGCAGGUGGAAUGGUCUGUUAUAGAUCUUGCUGUCAUUAUUCCCCCUUUUCUUUCUUGGUCCAUAGGGACAUGCAUGUACCUCAUGACUGAAGAGCAGGAAGGAUGUGACAAACAGAGAAGUGACUCAUGAACAAGGGUGUUGCAGAGCUGCUGCUGCAACAGCAAUUACAAAUGUUAAAGGAGAUGGGAAGAGCAAGCCAAGCUGUGCUAUUAAUUUUGUGCGUGUUAAGGACUGUUAAAGCUUUUGAAAUGGAAAUUAUACCUGCUGAGAGAAUUGUGGCACAGAUUGGAGGCACACUCAUACUCACAUGCAAUACCACUGGCUGUGCAUCACCAAGUUUUUCCUGGAGAACCCAGAUGGACAGCCCCCUUGGAGGAAAAGUCAGCAACCACAGGACAUAUUCUACAUUGACUAUGAAUCCAGUUGGUGUUGUGAAUUCUCAUUCUUAUCUUUGUACUGUCAUAUGUGGUGAGAGAGGGAAAAAGGAGAAGAGUGUCAAAGUUGAACUUUACUCUUUCCCCAGUGAUCCUAUCAUUGACAUCAGCCCAUCCUUAGUUGCUGGAGAACCAGCCCCUGUCAUCUGUAAAAUUCCUGAUGUAUAUCCUUCUCAUCACCUGGAAGUUCUCCUAAAGAAAGAUGGACAGGUUCUUCAUGAGGAAUAUUUUUUGUACGAUGACAGCACAAAUACAGAGACCAAAACUGUGACAUAUACAUUUCAUCCCAUGGCUGAAGAUGCUGGGAAAGAGAUUACCUGUGUGGCCAGGUUACCAAUUGCUGAUAUGGAUUUUGAACCCAAAGAAAGAACAUCUUCUCAGAAACUUAAUGUAAAUUUUGGUCCACAAAAUACUGUCAUUACUGCAUCUCCAAGCAACUCACCAAUGGCAGGAGACUCUCUGAACCUCACUUGUGUGACUCAGAGUAACCCACCAGCACAAAUAGUUUGGAGUAAAUAUUUGGCUGAAGAAAGCAUUCAGCAUGUGAUAAAAAACAAUGUUCUUUUUAUUUCCCGUGUCCAUUUCAAUGAUUCAGGACGGUACAUCUGUGAAGCAAUUAAUCUGGUAACUAAUAAAACAGAGGAAGCAACUGUGAACAUUGUUAUACAAGGUGCUCCAGUCAUUACAAAACUCUCCAUUGAACCUUCUACAACAGUUCAGGAAGGGCAAAAUGUCUCCAUACAAUGUUCUGCUGAAAGCAACCCUCCUCCCAAGAUAAUUCUAAGGAGAAAAUCUGACAAUGCAGACAUAGGGACUUCUAGUGCCAGAAGUAUUUUUCUUCCAUCUGUGAUGUUCCAAAAUGGAGGAGACUAUGAAUGUGUAGCAGAAAAUAAGUAUGGGAACAGUAAAAGUGAAAUCACACUUAAUGUGAAAUAUGGACCAAAGAAUACAGUGAUCACUGUUUUCCCUGCUGCUCUUAAAGAAGGGGAAACUGUGACAAUGAAAUGUACAAGUUCUGGUAAUCCAGCUCCUGUGAUCUCCUGGAAGAAAAAGAAGGCCACCGGGGAGUUUGAGAAAAUUUCUAAAAAUGCAACUAUAACUAUACAGAACUUGAAAAGUCAAGAUCUGGGGCUUUAUGAAUGUGAAGCUUAUAAUCAAUUUGGCAAGGAAGAAAAAGCUGUGGAAUUAUAUGUUCAAGCAAGAUUGGAAGAACCAGAUCAGAUGAUCCCAUUCAUUAUUGCAUUCUCAUCUGUAGCAGCAGUAGCUGUUCCUGCAGCUGCCAUUUUGAUCUACGUGGCAAGACAAGCAAAGAUCAAUGGAUCCUACAGUCUUGUAAAAGCACUCAGGUUGAAAGUUUGAUUAUGUGAAUAUAAGUGUUUAGUUGAUAAUAAGCACUUUUAUUUAUUGCUGUGACUGGUUCUACUCUUCUGUAACAUAUGGUAACACACAAGUGACUUAAGAACAGCACCAUGUGAUAGCAAAUGGGCUUAUUUUCAUGUUCUCAUAAGUGUUUUGGUAUUUAAAUUAAAGGAAGAGCUAGAAUCCUGACCUAGAAAUUGGUAAAUCAUUUCUGUGUUGAAGCAUUCUGAAAAAAGACUUCUGUGAAGAACUAGGUUUGUACAUAGUGUAUAAUUUGUGUUAUAAAUAUGUUCAACUAAAUAUCAGUUUGUAAAACUGAAGUCUUAUUGCAACUGUACAGAGAAAUUUUGUUAAUUCAAAGAUAUAAAUCAAUAUUGCUUGAGCUGAUCAGGUGAUUUUUAUUUUGUAUUACUCUGCCGCAUGAAUGUUUUUUAAUAUAAUUUGUCUGGUUGUGGUAAUGUUUGGAAAAUAUUCUCUUUUCACUGGUAUUGCCGUAAACUCUAUACCUUCAAUGAAGUUACACAAUCACUGGGCUAUGCAUUUCUAACAAAUUUAAACUAAUUUAAGCCUUUGAGGUUCAUUUGCAAAACAUUUUAUUUUAAAUAUUAUUCAAAAAAUGUCUGGGGUUAUAAUCCUGUAAGUUCUAGCACUGCUAAGGUUUUCUUGCUGGCUUUAAUCAUUCUCAGUCAAUGUCAGAAUUCCGUUAUUUUGUGAUGAGCCAAAUCAGACCUUUCUUGUAAAAUAUAAGGGCAAUGUAAAUAUGCUUUACAGAUUUCCACUGCAAAAUAAAACUACCAGUAGAUUUCUUUGACUAAA